CGCUGGAAAGAGGAGCUUGGCUUCCGAGCGGCCUGGGCUCGGUGAACAAGGCCGCAGGUGGUCGUGGCGGCCGCUUGCCCAAGCUGAGGACGGCACGAUGGGAGACGAAAUGGACGCCAUGAUCCCUGAGCGGGAGAUGAAGGAUUUUCAGUUUAGAGCUUUGAGGAAGGUGAGAAUCUUUGACACCCCUGAAGAGUUGCCCAAGGAGCGCUCGAAUCUGCUUGCCAUAUCUAACAAGUAUGGUCUUCUCUUUGCUGGAGGAGCCAGCGGGUUGCAAGUUUUUCCUACUAGAAACCUUCUUAUUCAAAACAAACCUGGAGAUGAUCCCAAUAAAAUAGUUGAUAAAGUGCAAGGCUUGCUGGUUCCAAUGAAAUUCCCAGUGCAUCACCUGGCCCUGAGCUGUGAUAACCUCACGCUCUCUGUGUGCAUGAUGUCCAGUGAAUACGGCUCUAUCAUCGCCUUCUUUGAUGUGCGCACAUUCUCAAAUGAGGCAAAACAGCAAAAGCGCCCAUUUGCCUACCACAAGCUCCUGAAGGAUGCCGGAGGCAUGGUGAUCGACAUGAAAUGGAACCCCACAGUCCCCUCCAUGGCGGCUGUUUGUCUGGCUGAUGGCAGCCUGGCUGUCCUGCAAGUCACAGAAGCGGUGAAAGUGUGCGCCGCUCUCCCUCCCUCGCUGGGAGUCACCUCCGUGUGCUGGAGCCCCAAGGGGAAGCAGCUGGCGGUGGGAAAGCAGAACGGAACCGUGGUCCAGUACCUGCCUACUUUACAAGAGAAAAAAAUCAUUCCUUGCCCUCCAUUUUAUGAGUCCGAUCAUCCUGUCAGAGUUCUAGAUGUGCUCUGGAUCGGUACCUAUGUCUUCACAAUCGUGUACGCCGCGGCCGAUGGCACCUUGGAAACGUGUCCAGAUGUGGUGAUGGCUCUACUUCCGAAAAAGGAAGAGAAGCACCCAGAGAUAUUCGUCAACUUCAUGGAGCCCUGCUACGGCAGCUGCACGGAGCGACAGCACCAUUACUACCUCCACUUCGUCGAGGAGUGGGACUUAGUGCUGGCGGCAUCUGCGGCUUCCACGGAAGUUAGUGUCCUUGCUCGACAGAGUGACCAGAUCAAUUGGGAAUCUUGGCUCCUGGAGGAUUCCAGUCGAGCUGAACUGCCCGUGACAGACAAGAGCGACGACUCCUUGCCCAUGGGGGUGGCCCUUGAUUAUACCAACCAGGUGGAAAUUGCCCUCAAUGAUGAAAAGACUCUUCCUCCUGCUCCAGUUCUCAUGUUACUUUCAACAGACGGUGUCCUCUGUCCAUUCUAUAUGAUCAAUCAAAAUCCUGGGGUUAGGUCCCUAAUCAGGACCCCGGAACGGCUCUCCUUAGAAGGAGAGCGACAGCCCAAGUCCUCAGGAAGUACUCCCACCACCCCAACCUCCUGUCAGGCCCCACAGAAACUUGAUGCGUCGGCAGCGGGGGCCCCCUCCUCCCUCGCACCUGUGACCCCCGCCGCUCCCAUCGCCACGUUCCCUUUGUCCUCCGCUGGGGGACCCCCAGCCAUCUUCUCAUUUGGCUCUUCAUCCUUGAAGUCACCGGCCUCUGUCAUUGGGGAGCCCCCUCCCCACCUCGGUGGCUCUGACAAUUCCAAAGCAGCCCCAGGGCCCGGCGCCCCCGCCUUCUCCUUCGCCCCUCCUUCCAAGGCCCCCCUCGCCCUCGCCCCUGCAGCGUCACCCAUGGCUCCGUCCGCCACCUCCUUCUCCUUCGGCUCGUCGGGCUUUAAGCCCGCCCUGGAAAGCACACCAGUGUCAAGUGCGCCUGCUCCCAACGCGGGAAUGAAGCCCUCCUUCCCGCCCGCAGCCUCUGCCGUCAAGGUCAACCUGACUGACAAGUUCACCGCCGUGGCCUCCGCGGCUCCCACUCACGGCUCCUCCAGCGCACCCUCCAUGCUGCCGUUCUCCGCCGCCGCCAAGCCGGCGGCGUGCGGGCCGCUCAGCCACCCCACGCCUCUCCCCGCGUCGUCCGGCUCCUUGCCCGUGAAGUCCUCAGUCUCCCCGUCGCCACCGGCAGGGCGAUCUGCUCAAAGCAGUCCAAGUCCAGCCUCCUCAAUGGUACAGAAAUCUCCCAGGAUAACCCCUCCAGUGGCCAAGUCAGGCUCUCCUCAGGUGAAGUCACUUCAGCCUCCUGUCACAGAAAAGCAAGGGCAGCAGUGGAAAGAGUCAGAUCCUGUGAUGGCUGGAAUCGGAGAGGAGAUCACCCACUUCCAGAAGGAGCUGGAGGAGCUGAAGGCGCGGACCUCCAAGGCCUGCUUCCAGGUGGGCACUGCGGAGGAGAUGAAGCUGCUGCGGACGGAGUCGGGGGACCUGCACACCUUCCUGCUGGAGAUCAAGGAGACCACGGAGUCUCUCCAUGGAGACAUAAGUACGCUGAAGACAACUUUGCUGGAGGGGCUUGCGGGUGUGGAAGAAGCCAGAGAACAGAAUGGAAGAAAUCACGACUCUGGGUAUCUCCACCUCCUCUAUAAAAGGCCACUGGAUCCCAAGAGCGAGGCUCAGCUCCAGGAAAUUCGGCGCCUUCAUCAGUACGUGAAAUUUGCGGUCCAGGAUGUGAAUGAUGUUCUAGACCUGGAGUGGGAUCGGCAUCUGGAGCAAAAGAGAAAACAAAAGCGCCUGCUUGUGCCAGAGCGAGAGACGCUGUUCAACACACUGGCCAACAACCGGGAGAUUAUCAACCAGCAGAGGAAGCGGCUGAACCACCUGGUGGACAGCCUCCAGCAGCUCCGCCUGUACAAGCAGACGUCCUCGUGGAGCCUGCCCUCCGCCCUGCCCACCCCGAGCAGCACUGACAGUUUUGACAGUGAUCUGGAAAGCCUGCGCAAUGCUUUGCUGAAAACCACCCUCGAAUCCCACUCCAAGCCUUGGCCCAGAGUGCCAGCGAAACUGUCGCCCGUGAAACAGGCCCAGCUGAGAAACUUCUUGGCCAAGAGGAAGACCCCGCCCGUGAGGUCCACAGCCCCAGCCAGCCUGUCUCGCUCAGCCUUCCUGUCUCAGAGAUACUAUGAAGACCUGGAUGAAGUGAGCUCCACAUCCUCCAUCUCCCAGUCUUUGGAGAGUGAAGACACCCGGGCGCUCUGUAAGGAGGAGGAGGCGGUGGUCCAGGUCCCUCGGCAUGCCCCCGUGGUCCGCACUCCUUCCAUCCAGCCCAGCCUCCUGCCCCCGAUGACACCUUUUGCCAAGUCUCACCUGGCCCAUGGUUCUUCCCCCGCCACCAUGGGAACGUCCAUGUCUGCAUCCACCGGCAGGAUCAUUCCUCAAGGGGCGGACAGCACGAUGCUGGCGACGAAAACCGUGAAGCACGGUGCCCCUGGUCCUUCCCACCCCAUCGCCGCCCCCCAGGCUGCCGCCGCCGCCGCUGCCCUCCGACGCCAGAUGGCCAAUCAGGUGCCAGCCGUGAACACCUUGACUGAAUCCACUUUGAAGACUGUCCCCCAGGUGGUGAACGUGCAGGAGUUGAAGGGUGCCCCUGCAGUCCCGUCUGCAGCCCUGGGAUCUUCGGCGCCGGGCUCCGCCCCCAAGGCUCCCCACCCAGCGUCAGCCCCCGCGGCUGCCAGCCAGGCCAAGCAGGGCUCUCUGGUAAACUCCUUAAAGCCGUCGGGCUCCAUGGCAGCGUCCAGUCACUUGUCCUCUGGUGACAAAGCCUCAGGGCCAGCCAAGACAGAAGCGGCCGUGACCUCCCCUCCGUCUGCCGCGGGACAGUUCAGCAAGCCUUUCUCCUUCGCUCCCUCGGGGGCUGGCUUUAAUUUUGGGAUAAUCGCACCAACACCGUCUUCUAAUUUCACUGCCACUCAAGGGGCGACACCAACCACCAAGGAGUCAAGCCAGCUGGAGGCCUUCUCCUUGGGCGGGGGCGGCCAGCCUUUCCAUGAGCCCGUCCCCGAGGGCUCCCCUCCCGCCGGAGCCCCCGAAGCCGAGUCCCCGCCGGCCAGCAGCAGGCCGGCCGCCCCGCCCGGAGCCGCCCUGGCCGCCACCCCCGGCAAGCCGGAGACGCCGGCCAAGUGGGGAGAGCUGCUGUUCCCGAGCGCGCUGGCCGGGGAGACGCUCGGCAGCUUCUCGGGCCUGCGGGUGGGCCAGGCCGAGGACUCUGCGAAGCCGCCCAGCAAGGCGUCCCCCGGCAGCCUGGCCAGCGCCCCGCCGGCCAAGCCCGGCGCCUCGUCCGGCUUCAGCUUCCCCGGCUCGGCGGCGCUCGGGAAGCCCGCCGAGCCCCCCGCCGCCCCCGCGCCCCCCAGCACCAGUGCCGGCGGCCCCCCCACGGCGGUCUUUGGCAGCGCAGGACCCUCUGGGGUGGCCGGUUUUGGGGCGAUGUCUCUAGGUGGCAGCAAGUCCAGCUUUUCGUUUGGAAGCCCACAGACCAGUAACGCCAGCCCAGCGCCGGCCCCCCCGCCGGCCUCCACCGCGCCCGCGCCCCCCGCGCCCUUCCCUGCCCUGUCCUUCGGCAGCCUCCUGAGCUCACCCCCUGCCCCUCCCCUGCCCGGGGCUUCCGGAAAGAGCCCAGAGGAGCCCCCGGUAUCCACCGCCACGCCCGACAAGUCGGCCCCCGGGGAGGCCCCCGCAGCCUCGCCCCCCGCCCUGCCCGAGGCUGCCGAGCAGCCCCCCGCCCCGCCGCGGGCCUCCGACGCCACCGACAAGGAGCCCGCGCUCGCGCAGCCGGCCGCCGGCAGCCCCGGCACGGCGGCCCCCUCCGCCGCGGGGGGCCCCGACACCAAGACAGAGGCAGGCGCCCCCGCCGCCACCCUCACCACCCCCGCGCCGGCUGCCGGCGGAGCCGCCCCUCUCCCCGCCGCGGGCCCAGCGGCCCUCGAAGCCCUGGGCGCCGCCCCCAGCGGCAGCGCCCUGCCCAGCGCCGCCCCGGGCCCUGCCGCCGACGGCGCUGUGUUCGGCACCGUCACCUGCGGCUCCUCCGUCUUCACCCAGCCGUCCGCCGCCAGCUCCAGCUCCGCCUUCAGCCAGCUCCCCAGCCCCGCGGCCUCCGCGCCCUCGGCGAGCCCCGCGUUCGGCCAGGCGGCGGCCAGCACGGCACCGAGCCUGUUUGGGCAGCAGACGGGCAGCGUGGCCAGCACGGCCACCACCACGCCCCAGGCCGGCGGCUCGGGCUUCGGCGGCCCCGCGUUUGGCGCCUCGGCGUCAGGGGUCUUUGGACAGGCGACCUUUGGCCAGGCCCCGGCCUUUGGACAGACGGCGAGCAACCCCGCCGGCGGCUUCUCCUUCAACCAGCCCGGGUUCGGUUCCGGGCCGGCCUUCGGCCAGGCCGGGUCCUCCACCCCCACGUCCACCGCGGGGAACGUCUUCGGCGCCUCCACGAGCGCCAGCAGCUCCGGCUCCUUCUCGUUUGGACAGUCGUCUACCAACACCAGCGGGGGGCUGUUUGGCCAGAGCAACCCCCCCGCGUUUGGCCAGAGCCCCAGCUUCGGGCAGGGAGGCUCCGUGUUCGGUGGCACCUCGGCCACAACCUCCACGGCGGCCCCCUCGGGGUUCAGCUUCUGUCAAGCUUCAGGUUUCGGAUCUAGUAACACUGGUUCUGUAUUUGGUCAAGCAGCCAGUUCUGGUGGAACAGUCUUUGGCCAGCAGCCCCCCACUUCCAGCGGGAGCGUGUUUGGGUCCGGAACCACGGGGAGAGGGGGAGGCUUCUUCAGCGGCCUUGGAGGAAAACCCAGCCAGGACGCGGCCAACAAAAACCCCUUCAGCUCAGCCAGCGGGGGCUUUGGGUCCACGGCCACCCCAAACACCUCCAACCUGUUUGGGAACAGCGGGGCGAAGACCUUCGGCGGGUUCGGCAGCUCGUCGUUUGGAGAGCAGAAGCCGGCGGGCACGUUCAGCUCUGGAGGCGGCAGCGUGGCGUCCCAAGGCUUCGGCUUCUCCACGCCCAGCAAAACAGGUGGCUUCGGUGCUGCUCCAGUGUUUGGCAGCCCUCCCACUUUUGGGGGAUCCCCUGGGUUUGGAGGGGUGCCAGCAUUCGGUUCAGCCCCAGCCUUUACAAGCCCUCUGGGCUCGACGGGAGGCAAAGUGUUCGGAGAGGGCACGGCGGCCGCCAGCGCGGGAGGAUUCGGGUUCGGGAGCAGCGGCAACGCCGCGUCGUUCGGCACGCUGGCCAGCCAGAACGCGCCCUCCUUCGGGUCGCUGUCCCAGCAGACGCCGGGGUUUGGGGCCCAGAGCGGCGGGUUCUCCGGGUUCGGAUCCGGCUCCGGAGGCUUCAACUUCGGAUCAUCCAACUCGUCCGUCCAGGGCUUCGGCGGCUGGAGGAGCUGAGCGCGGUGGGCACCGCCUCCGACUCUGCGACCGACUGUGGGGACCGUCCCUCUGCAAGACACCCGGAAACCCAAGACCAAAGCCCGGGAGGCGCCCGGCUGCUCUGCUCCUGUCGGGGUUUCCCUGCCAUUAAAC